GCCGGUUUCUCCUCCCGCGUCGUUCCUCGGAAAGCCCCGCGGCCUGCUGAGGGCCCCCAAAAGCCGAAAACAACGAACAAAACCACCCGUCUUGAUUUUGUCAUGACUCGAGUGGCGCCCGGGUAAUUCGCGCCCGACAAGCUCGAGGGGCCGCGCGGAGAAGGCCUUCUCAGAAAGCGGCGGGACUUCUCAGAAGCCCUCGCGACUGCUGAGAAGCUUAUGGGCACCCACACCAACACAAAGGCCGCUCCUAGCGGCGCGGCAGCAGGCUGCCCGCCGCGGCCAACAGCGCCAGGGCUGCGCAGUGCCGGCCGCACCACGGGUGGCCUGGGCGCGCGCUGCUCACGAGAUCGACGUAGCUGUUCCAGCCCUGCUCGAUCUUGCACGUACCAAUCCGCGUCUUCGCUGCAUGUGGUCGUCGUCUUCGACGUCGCGGUCGUGAGCGUCGUGGUCGGGCACCCGAAGGACGGGCAGCCCCCGCCGCAGACGCAGCAAUGGUCGGACACCGUGCCGUGCCCCCAGUCCAUCAGGGCGUACGUCAUGCACCAGCUGUCGCCCUUGCUCUCCCGGUUCGCGUAGACGGAGCAGGGAUUGCCCCCGCCCUGCAAGUCCGAAACCGUCCGUCCACGGCGCCGCGCCCGAGUCGAUCGUCCCGUCCGCCAGGCGGUCCACGCACAGGGCCUCCCCGUCGUGGUUCGCAAGGCCGCCAUGCCAUCUCGCGUAGGACCCGCUUCGGAUCGUCGCUCGUGUGCAGUGCUCUCAUCACUCAUCACUCUCUCCUGCGGCGCGCGGGGCCUCGCGGGCGCCUGGGGGCUCUCGGGC